UUGGGGACCAAUCCCACUCAGCCGAAUCAAGUUCAAUUCCAAUUCCAAUCAAUUCCAAUUCUAUCUUUUAAUAUUGUCAGUUAGGGGGGAGCCUCCCGCUGCUGAAGCUUGCGGGAGGCAGCCGAUAAAAUAAGAUUGACGACGGGAGAUGGAUCGGUCAAAUUUUUGCCAGCCUUUUCUCUUGAAUCACCUCCAUCGGGUUACCCCAGCGCGCUUAUCCAGGUCACUUAGCAUCUAGUGUUGUGUUGCUUUUUUUUAAGCUGCGCUUUCGCAAUCUCCUUUCGCAACGUCCUUCUGUCCCGCGGGGACCGGGGGCUGCCUACCAAUAACUUCUGCCAACGGAAUCCCAGCGCUGACGCGUCGCCAAUUCUGCUAUUUAACCCAGGCAGCGCUUGCGGGAGCGGCGGCGGCGGCGGCGGCGGCGGCGUCUCUCCCUUGCUCUCUUGCUCCCUCUUCCGACGGAACAGCCGGCGGCCCCAGAGCACGUUGGCGAGCAACAAAAGACGGCCGUUUUCUGCAGGGAGUUUGGCUUGUAGGGCAAGGGUGGAAGAAGAAAAAACCAAUAAUACCACUAAUAAGAAAAAAAAUAAAUAAAGUGCGGGGAAGUUUCUCCUGACCGCUCACCAUGAUUCAGUUCACCGUCGAAAACCAUCGCCUGAUGCUCAGCGACGGCAACGCCAUCCCGGUGAUAGGACUCGGGACUUACGCGGAUCCCCAGACGACCCCCAAAGGGACGUGUGCUGAAUCAGUGAAAAUUGCCAUUGAUGCUGGUUAUCGUCAUAUUGAUGGAGCUUUUGUGUAUCACAAUGAACAUGAAGUUGGACAGGCCAUACGGGAGAAAAUUGCGGAGGGGAAGAUCAACCGCGAAGACAUAUUUUAUUGUGGCAAAUUGUGGAAUACAUGCCACCCACCAGAAAUGGUGCGGCCAACCCUGGAGAGGACAUUAAAAAUUCUACAGCUUGACUAUGUUGAUCUCUAUAUCAUUGAACUACCGAUGGCUUUUCAGCCUGGAGAAAACCCCUAUCCUAAAGAUGAAAAUGGUCAAUGGCUUUAUCAUGAAACAGAUCUAUGUGCCACAUGGGAGGCUUUGGAAGCAUGCAAAGAUGCAGGCUUGGUGAAAUCUCUUGGUGUGUCCAACUUCAAUCGGAGGCAGCUGGAAAUGAUUCUGAACAAGCCCGGUUUGAAGUACAAACCUGUCAGCAACCAGAUUGAAUGUCAUCCAUACUUCACUCAACCCAAACUUUUAGAAUUCUGCAAAUUGCAUGAUAUCGUUCCUGUCGGGUACAGUCCACUAGGCACAUCAAGAGAUGAAAGAUGAUCUUUGACUUUUCCCUCACUGACAAGGAAAUGAAAGAUAUAGAAGCUCUGAAUAAAAAUGUCCGCUAUGUGGAGCUUUUAAUGUGGAAGGACCAUCCUGAGUAUCCUUUCCAUGAUGAGUACUGAAAAUCUGGGGUAUCCAAGAGCAUACAUUCACCUGUAGUGAUCUCAGCUAAUAUCUUAUACGUUUGUAUCUGGUAGUAGUCCUUAAGUCACUUAACCCAAUCCAAUCCUUAGUGCUACAAUUUAUGUAGUGGAUAUAGAAAAUAAGGCCCAUUCAGGAAAAAAAUGUUUUAAAACUUAAUGUGCAAAUACUGCCAAAUGUAAACUUUAGUAGAUGAAAACAGGAUUGCCUUUUUUAAAAACAUAGAUAUAAAAAAUAUAUCUUUCUCCAGCCAUCUCAAAACGUGUCAUGAUUAACGCACCUGAAAGAACAGUUUUGGUUAAGCCUGCAGUGAACCAGAACUACUGGAUGCAAAGGCAGGAAACAUUGAUUGAGGGCAGCAAUUAUUCCAAGUAAAUCUGGAAAUAAUUUUUGGGAAUUGUUUGGAUUGCUUUUUUUUUUUUUUAAUGGCCUUCCCGGUUAGAACACUCUUUACUCUUAUAGCUGACUUAUAUGUUUCAUUCCUAUUACACUGUUUGUAUGCAUAAUCACAUGGUAUAUCCCCCUGAAUUAGCCUCCCUGAAAAUACUUGCAGAUGUGCUAGGCUGCAAACUUUCAUAUUUCCCAGGGGCCACUUGCUGCAACAGAGAACAGCACACUGCCGUCACAUGAUCAACAUUGCUACCUUCCAUGCCAAUUUCCCCAGAAAGUCAAAGGUGAAGCUGGCAGGAAGAUUGCAGAGAGCAGGAAUAAGCUUCCCUGAGCAUCCCUCAGUCUCUCUGCACUUGCCCCAUGCCAGCCACUUGUGUGCCCACGCUCCCCCUCCCCAGCCUAUGUGGCUCCUCCUGUUUAGCGCACUACACCUCUCCAAUCCAUGCAGCAACUCUCAUAUCCCUGCUCACCCUUCCCAUGUACCCACGCACCCUCCCAGAUCACCCUCCACCCUCCCACAAAGUCAUGGGAUUCAGCCAGUUUGCAUCAG